UGCGGGACAGGCCGGAUUGCUCCACUACGCGACGCCCUCCGCCGGCCGCGGCCACAACCUCGCGACACCGACGCAAAUCCCACUAAAACCUUACGACACGACGAGCCGCGCUAGCUACCGCACGCAUGCGUACCACCACAACCGCGCGCGCUCCCUAUAAAUUUCACCGCUAAAUCCCACCACGAACUCAUCAAUCCAUCAAGCCAUCAGUUCAUCACACCACACACAGCAGUACAGCAGAGGAGCACUGGUCACCGGAGGUUGAGACACCUGCGUGUGCACGGCUAGAGUGUCUGCGUUUGCGCGAUAUGGCUUCCGUGAAGGCCGGCGUCGUGUUGGGCGUCGCGGUGGUCGCGGCGGCCGUUCUCGCGGCUGAGGGCCGCGCUGCAAGGAAGGACCUGGGCGUCAACCUCGGCGGUGGCCUCGGAGUUGGCGGUGGCGGCGGAUUGGGCGUCGGCACCGGCGGUGGCCUGGGACUCGGCUCGGGGAUUGGAGUGGGCAUCGGUGGUGGUGGUGGUGGUGGUGGUGGCGGCGGCUCUGGCUCCGGGUCUUACUCUGGCUCAGGCUCCGGGUCUUACUCUGGCUCAGGCUCGGGCUCCGGUUCAGGGUCUGGGUCAGGUUCGUGGUCUGGCUCAAGCUCGGGUUCGAGCUCGAGGUCAGGUGGAGGAGGCUCAUCGGCCGGCUCGAGCGCUGAGUCAGGAGCCGGCUCGAACGCGGGGCCAGGUGGUGCGGGGUCAUACGCCGGCUCCAGGGCUGGCUCGUAUGCUGGCUCGAAUGGUGGAGAUGGCGGCUCCGGCGCAGGCUCGUACGCUGGUUCCAGUGCAGGCUCGUAUGCCGGCUCCAACGGCGGAGGCGCAGGGUCGUACGCUGGCUCGGAAGCCGGCUCGUACGCGGGCUCCGGUGCUGGCCCGCAUGGAGGCUCUGGUGCCGGCUCCGGCUCGUAUGCAGGGUCCAGAGCCGGCUCAUACGCGGGCAGUGGCCAUGGCAAGUAAGCUCGUCACGACCCGCGUGAAGCUUACCAAAGAUUAUAUUGUUGUGUGUUCCUAGCUUGUGUAGUUUGUGUUCUAUGUGUUCAGAUCACCUUAUUCAUGUAUGCAUAAAUAAGUGUGUAGGUGUUGAUGAAUGACUAAUUAAUAAGCGCUACGCGCUUGCCUAUCGAUGUACACAUUUAUGUGGAUGAAUAAUUCAUAAUAGAAUUUUAUUUUUAUGUAUA